AUGAAGCAAUUCAAUAUUGAAGAAACGUUGAACCAGUUAACUGAUUUGGAAAAAGCUCAACUUUUGGCUGGAAGAGAUAGAUGGCACACAACUCCCAUUCCUAGAUUGAACAUUCCUUCUGUUCGUUUAACAGAUGGACCCAAUGGUCUACGUGGUGUUCAUUUCUUCCCUGGAAUCAAGUCCGCCUGUUUCCCCUGUGGAACUUGCUUGGGAUCCACUUGGAACCCUGACUUGAUGGAAGAUGUGGGUAAGCUCAUGGCCGUUGAAGCGUACGAUAAAAAUGCCCAUGUUAUUCUUGGACCCACUGUCAAUAUCCAGAGGGGUCCCAAUGGUGGUAGAGGUUUUGAAUCAUUUUCUGAAGAUCCUCUUCUCAGUGGGAACAUUGCUCGGGGAGUGAUUGAAGGUAUUCAAUCUGGAGGUGUUGGUGCGUGUCUUAAGCAUUUUAUUUGUAACGAUAUGGAAGACGAACGGUUCAAGGUCAAUGUAAAUGUAAAUGAAAGAUCAUUGAGAGAAAUUUAUGCUCUCCCCUUUGAAAUUCCUAUCAAACAUGAAAAUGAACUUGCAAGACCAAUUUCUGUCAUGUCAUCAUAUAAUAAAGUGAAUGGGCAACAUGCUUCGUCCAAUUAUGAACUUUUGACUAAGCUUUUGCGUGAAAAUUGGGGGUUUAAGGGAACAGUGAUGUCUGAUUGGUACGGAACAUACGACUUGAAGACUUCUAUUGAGGCGGGUUUGGAGCUUGAAAUGCCUGGACCUCCAAAAAUUAGGAAACCUGAACAAAUUGUUAUCCAAGCAAACACAAAUGAACUACAUCAACUGUUUAUUGAUGACAGAGUUCGGUCAAUGUUGAAGUUUAUUAAUUGGGCCAUUGCUUCCGAAAUCCCUUUUGAAGGACCGGAGAGUGAAACCAAUAAUACUCCGGAAACCGCAGCCAAACUCCGGAAAUAUGCUGAAGAAGGUAUUGUACUUUUGAAAAACGAUGGAGGAUUACUACCCUUGAAUAAGGACUCGGGUAAACUGAUUGCCGUGAUUGGACCAAAUGCAAAGAAUACAGCUAUUCAUGGAGGAGGCUCGGCAUCUGUUACUGCUUACCAUUACGAUACCCCAUUUCUGGCCAUUAGUACCAAACUCGGAAAAGAGCCCACCUUUUCCGUCGGAGUUCACUCGCAUAAAUUUACCCCAGAAAUGUCGCGUUUCCUUCGUAUACCUGAGGACAAGUCAAACGGCUUUAAGGCUAAAGUAUACUUAGAACCACCCACCGCCAAGUUUAGAACAUUGAUAGACGAGUUUAAAUUAACCUCACCAACAUAUAUUCGGUUGCCCGACUAUGCCAAUCCGCUGAUCCCCGAGAAUAAUUUGUAUUACAUUGACUUUGAGGCGGAUUUUGUACCUGACGAAACCGGAGAUUAUGAGUUCGGGGUUACGUGUGUAGGUACGGCUCAACUCUUUGUCAACAACCAGUUAGUAGUAGAUAACAAGACUACCCAAAAACAAGGAACAUCGUUCUACAAUACAGGAACAGAAGAAGUUAUUGGGAAAGUGUACUUGGAGAGAGGGAAGUCGUAUCCCUUCAAGGUUGAGUUUGGUAGUGGUCCUACAUCGCUUUUGGAACGAAGAACCGAUUCUCUCAGUGAUAAAGGUGGAGCAUUAGCCUUUGGAGCCAUUAAGGCCAUCAGUAACGCCGAAAAAGAGAUUGUGGAUGCAGUUGAAGUGGCUAGGACUCACGACAUAGUCAUUGCAGUGGUUGGACUCUCAAAGGAAUGGGAAUCUGAAGGCUACGAUAGAACUACCAUGGACUUACCCGGUCUUACUUACAAGUUGAUUGAAGAAGUGGCUAAAGUCAAUAAGAAUUUAAUUGUGGUUAAUCAGUCAGGUACGCCAGUGAACUUACCUUUCAUCAAUGACGUCCCAGUGUUUAUUCAAAGUUGGUUCAGUGGUAGCGAGGGUGCCAAUGCACUUGCUAACAUUCUUUUCGGAGAUGUUUCCCCUCUGGGAAAGUUGUCCUUGACGUUUCCCAAACGGUUACAAGACAACCCAGCAUACUUGAACUUUAAGUCCGACAGAGGUCAAGUCUAUUAUGGUGAGGGUGUGUUUGUUGGUUACCGGUGGUAUGAAGCUACGGAGAAGGACGUGAUGUUCCCCUUUGGGUUUGGGUUGUCUUAUUCGACAUUUGAGUUCUCUGAUUUGGCAGUGACUAUAACCACAACUGACAAAAAACUUAAGGUAUCGUUACAAAUUGAAAAUAAAGGAGGAAUAGAUGCUCAAGAGGUGGUUCAAGUGUAUGUUUCCCAGAAGAAAACUACAGUUAGUAGACCCCCAAAGGAGUUGAAAUCUUUUACAAAGGUUUUUUUGAAACAAGGUGAAACGCAACGUGUUGAAUUGCAAUUGGAUACAGGCAGAGCAACUGCCUUCUGGGAUGAAUAUUAUCAUCAAUGGUGUUCUGAAAAGGGUGAGUACGACAUUCUUGUUGGUAACAGUAGUGACAAUAUCUUGCUCAGUGAAACCAUCACUCUUGAACACACAACUCAUUUUGAUUAA